AUGACCACCCCACCCGCACCCCCCGCACCCACACGCACGCGCACCCCCAACAGCCUCACACCUCACCACGCUCACCUCCCCCCCACCUCAUCAACUUCACGUCGCGCACUGGAAGUACGGGGCCAAGGACACGCUGCGCUGCGCGGGUACGGCCUCGUCGUCUCGUGGGACGCGCGCAAGUACGCUGAGCGUGGGCGGACGGAGGGGCUAUGCUGA